AUGGACAUGAAAAACAACAUUGAUUGCUACCUACGUGACGGCUUGCCUCCAGACAACGGAAACAACAACGAAACGCCAGAUCACCGGCAGUACAAACACGCCUCCCAUGACAUGAGCAGCCACCACUUGAGGUGGGAGGCCGAAACGCCAGGUCACCGGCAUUUCGUGUCUCCUCAUCGGGGACCGCCUCGGGGAUUUGUCGAAAGUGAGGAGAUGGUGGUGAGAAUUGCAGUACAAACACGCCUCCCACCUCUAAUGGCGGCUGUUUAUGUCAUGGGAGGCGUGUUUGUACUGCAAUUCUCACCACCAUCUCCUGACUUUCGACAAAUCCCCGAGGCGGUCCCCGGUGCUGUCUCAAGAAUGCAACAGCAGCAGCUCUCCACCGGGCCCACUAUCUGGACUGACAGGAGACACGAAAUGCCGGUGACCUGGCGUUUCGGCCUCCCACCUCAAAUGGCGGCUGUUCAUGUCAUGGGAGGCGUGCUGUGCUGCCGGCCAAGCCCGUUCGACCCGCGUCCUGGCCCUGCCACAAACAGGUCAAACCCGUUCGGCCCACUUCCUGGUCCCGCCACAACCCCCUCGCCCGGCAACAAUCUUUUUGGGGUGCCUCCUUUCGGGACGCCGUCACCCCCUCCCAUCGGCAACCCAUUUGCCGAGAUCGGCCACAACGAAGUGACCGACUGUUACUACCCUGGUCGGUUCGUUCCGCGUCCGCAGGGCUUCAACCCUGACUGCUGCCAUGCAGACAGCGACUCCGACAGAGACGACUCCAACUAUGCGGAUUGGAACCAAAUCCUCCUAGGCCAAGAUAUCGGGGACAGAUCCGAGUCUCUCCCAGCCUCUUGCCAAGGGCGAGGUCUGCACACUGACGCUGAGCUUGCUCUCUUGCAUGCUUAUUACAAUGAGCUCCUACCCGAGGCUGAGGCCGAGGGGGAUGGAGGCGGUUGCAAUGGGUGUGGUUGUAUCGGGGCCACGGGAAUUAGCAAAGGGGUUGGGAGCUGCGGAUUGGUCCGUCUCGGGGUAGGAGAGGCUGCUGGUCUCCAGCAGCAGGUCAAGGGCGGGUCUUCGGGAGAUCCCGACAUCAAGCAUCUCACGAAAGGCAACAUCCCUUUUGGCUUCGCUCAUGGUUGA